AAGUUACCCCGCGCAUUUUUGAAUAAGGGGUUAAACGGAAGAACCUUUGCUUUGAACAUAGAGUUAUCAACUUUUUAUCUGAAAUAUCCUGCCCAAAAUGCCUCUUUCAGGAAGUUGCCUGUGUGGAGAGAUCGCAUACUCUAGCAGCAGUGAGCCGAAAGUGACGGCUCUCUGCCACUGCGUGGAUUGUCAAAAGUGGACCGGCUCGGCAUAUACUUCAAACGCUGUGGUUACUGAGGAUAGCUUUCAAGUCACGAAGGGCGAACCCAAGUGGUAUGAUACUACCGGGGAGUCUGGAGGAAAGAACAGGCACUUCUUUUGCUCCAACUGCGGUUCCAGCCUAUAUGGAAAGCUCGAUAUCAUGCCUGGAGACAUUGUUAUCAAGGCUGGCUCAUUGGAUAACGGAGCCGCAAACCUGAACAGCAGCAUUGGCGUCGAGUUCUACUGUAAAGACAGGGUAGGAUUUGUCGCUCAGCGGGAGGAAGCCAAGCAAUUGCCUCGAUUUAUUUAGACGUUAUGAAGGACAAUGGAUUGUAGAAUAUGUAGAUUUUUACCAUUUUGAGUAUAUUCGGCCUGCUGUUUCCUCUAGUCACUGUGUGAUAACACUUCAG